AUGAAUAGAGGGCAUAGAGGCAGAGGAUUUGGACGAGGGAGAUUUCAAAGCUGGAGAAGAGGAAGAGGUGGUGGGAGUAUCGCAGAAAAAGAGAGAAAAAGAGAACACCAGACUGACCCGAACAAAACCGCAAGCAAACUAAGUUCUGAACAAACACAGUCUUUGCUACGACAGUCAACAUUGGAUCAGUUCAUACCGUAUAAAGGCUGGAAACUUUAUUUCUCUGAAGUUUACAGUGAUAGCUCUCCUUUCAUUGAGAAGAUUCAAGCAUUUGAAAAAUUUUACACCAGGCACAUUGACUUAUAUGAUAAGGAUGAAAUAGAAAGAAAGGGAAGUAUUUUGGUGGAUUUUAAGGAACUGACACAGGAUGAUGAAUUAACUACAUUGAUACCAAAUAUAGCAAUUGAAUUAAGGGACACACCUGAGAGCACCUUGGCUUGCAUGGGUCUGGCAAUACAUCAGGUAUUAACUAAGGACCUUGAGAGGCAUGCAGCUGAAUUACAAGUCCAAGAAGGAUUAUCUAGAGAUGGGGAAACAAUAGUAAAUGUACCACGGAUUCAUGCAAGGGUCUACAACUAUGAGCCAUUGACACAGCUCAAAAAUGUCCGAGCAAAUUCCUAUGGGAAAUACAUUGCUCUGAAAGGGACAGUGGUUCGCGUCAGUAACAUAAAACCUCUUUGUACCAAGAUGGCCUUUCUUUGUGCGGCCUGUGGAGAAGUUCAGAGUUUUUCUCUUCAGGAUGGAAAAUAUAAUCUUCCCACAAAGUGUCCUGUGUCUGUGUGCCGAGGGAAGUCCUUCACUGCUCUUCGAAACUCUCCCCUCACUGUGACAAUGGACUGGCAGUUGAUCAAAAUUCAAGAGCUGAUAUCUGAUGAUCAGCGAGAAGCUGGCCGCAUCCCACGAACAAUUGAAUGUGAGCUUGUUCAUGAUCUUGUGGACAGCUGUGUGCCAGGAGACACAGUAACUAUUACAGGAGUUGUGAAAGUCUCAAACACCGAAGAAGGUUCUCGAAAUAAGAACGAUAAAUGCAUGUUCCUGUUGUAUGUUGAGGCAAAUUCUGUUAGCAAUUGCAAAGGACAGAAAACAAAGGCUUCUGAAGAUAGCUGUAAGCAUGGCGCCUUGAUGGAGUUCUCACUAAAAGACCUUUAUGCCAUCCAGGAGAUUCAAGCUGAAGAAAACUUGUUUAAACUCAUUGUCAACUCACUUUGCCCUGUCAUUUUUGGUCAUGAACUUGUUAAAGCAGGUUUGACGUUAGCACUCUUUGGAGGAAGCCAGAAAUACGUUGAUGACAAAAACAGAAUUCCAAUUCGAGGAGACCCACAUGUGCUUGUUGUUGGAGACCCAGGCUUGGGAAAGAGCCAGAUGCUGCAGGCAGUGUGCAAUGUUGCUCCCCGCGGUGUGUAUGUUUGUGGUAAUACCACAACUGCCUCAGGUUUGACUGUGACUCUUUCAAAAGAUACUUCCUCCGGAGAUUUUUCUUUGGAAGCUGGUGCCCUGGUACUUGGUGAUCAAGGUAUUUGUGGAAUAGAUGAAUUUGAUAAGAUGGGAAAUCAGCACCAAGCCUUGUUAGAAGCUAUGGAACAGCAGAGUAUUAGUCUUGCUAAAGCUGGUAUGGUUUGUAGCCUCCCUGCAAGAACUUCCAUCAUUGCUGCUGCAAAUCCUGUUGGAGGACACUACAAUAAGGCCAAAACUGUUUCUGAGAAUCUAAAAAUGGGGAGUGCCCUGCUGUCCAGAUUUGAUUUGGUCUUUAUCCUGUUAGAUACUCCAAAUGAGGAUCAUGAUCAUUUACUCUCUGAACAUGUGAUAGCAAUGAGAGCUGGAAAGCAGAAAACAGCUAGCAGUGCCACCAUGACUCGUAUGAGUAGCCAAGGUUCAAAUACUUCCAUACUUGAAGUGUUUUCUGACAAACCAUUAUCUGAAAAACUGAAGGUCGUUCCUGGAGAAGCAAUAGAUCCAAUUCCCCACCAACUAUUGAGAAAAUAUAUUGGUUAUGCUCGGCAGUAUGUCUAUCCAAGGAUAUCUAUGGAAGCUGCUAAAAUUCUUCAAGAAUUUUACCUUGAGCUUCGGAAACAGAGCCAGCGGUUAAAUAGUUCACCAAUCACCACCAGACAACUGGAAUCUCUGAUCCGUUUAACAGAGGCACGAGCAAGGUUGGAAUUGAGAGAGGAAGCAACCAAAGAGGAUGCUGAGGAUAUAGUUGAAAUUAUGAAAUAUAGCAUGCUAGGAACUUACUCGGAUGAAUUUGGGAACCUAGAUUUUGAGCGAUCCCAACAUGGUUCUGGAAUGAGCAACAGGUCAACAGCAAAAAGAUUUAUCUCUGCUCUCAACUCAGUCGCUGAAAGAACUUAUAAUAACUUAUUUCAGUUUCACCAACUUCGGCAGAUUGCCAGAGACUUAAAUAUCCAGGUAGUUGAUUUUGAAAAUUUCAUUGGAUCAUUGAAUGACCAGGGUUACCUCUUGAAGAAAGGUCCGAAGGUUUACCAGCUUCAAACUAUGUAAAAGAAGUGCUACACUAAAGUAAGGCCUGUUAUAUGUCAGUCAUUUGUUUAUUUUUCUAAGCAAAAAAUAAAAUGAUUAUAAAAAUAA